AACCUGUGUCUCAAUGAGUAUCACUCGUAUCCAUUACCCGCCAAACUUCCUCUUCUUCCUUCUUCUUCUACACAAUUUGAAUCAAUGUCAUCUCUUGAUGUAUCCUCACAUGUUUCUCUCUCUAGAAUUCUUUCUCUCUUCGCUCCAGUAUCCAGAUUCUCUCAAUCUUCUUCGCUCUUCCUCCCAACUUCCUCCUCCAAUCCAUCUCUGUGUCUAUCAGCCGUAUCUCUUCACCGCCGCCGUUGUAAAGCCACUAUUCCAUCGUGCAGUCCAUCUGAAGGAGAGUUUGAAGCAAUAGACGAUGAGUUAGUGGAAAUUGAAGAAGAUGUGGAGUCUGAUUUUGAAGAUGUAAGUGAUGAAAACUUGGAUGUGGAUGAGCUCGAAGUGGAGGCGGAAAUGGCCGUUCGUGAAUACUCGCUUUCUUUAUCUAAGGAAUUGAAAAUCGAAGAGGAGCCGAUUGGUGAAAAAGAAACUCGUGGAAGAAGGAAGAUGCGUGAAAGUAUCAAAGUCGUGAAUAUACCUGAUCAUCUUCUUCCAAAGGUUUCAAUUGUUGGAAGACCAAAUGUUGGCAAAUCAGCAUUAUUCAACCGCCUUGUUGGGGGAAACAGGGCUAUUGUGGUUGAUGAACCUGGGGUUACUAGGGAUAGGUUAUAUGGUAGAGCCUUUUGGGGAGACAAAGAAUUUAUGGUGAUUGACACAGGAGGUGUUCUCAAAGUUUCAAAGUCACAGACUGAUGUUAUGGAACAACAAUUAUCUGUUUCAACAACAAUUGGCAUGGAAGGUAUUCCACUUGCUUCUAGAGAGGCUGCUGUUGCCAGGAUGCCUUCCAUGAUUGAAAGACAAGCUACUGUGGCUGUGGAAGAGUCAUCAGUCAUCAUAUUUGUAGUUGAUGGACAGGUAGGCUUGAAUGCAGCUGAUGUGGAAAUAGCAGAUUGGCUCAGAAAGAAUUAUUCAAAUAAAUGUAUUAUAUUAGCUGUUAAUAAGUGUGAGUCUCCACGAAAAGGAAUAAUGCAAGCAUCAGAGUUUUGGUCUCUUGGAUUCACCCCACUUCCUAUAUCAGCUAUUUCUGGAACAGGAACCGGUGAGCUUCUUGACUUUGUUUGCUCAGGCUUAGGAAAAACCGAGGAUUCCAAUGUUGAAAACAAAGAAGAAGAAGAAAACUACAUUCCUUCAAUUUCAAUUGUAGGAAGACCAAAUGUUGGAAAAAGCAGCAUUCUCAAUGCUUUAGUUGGUGAAGACAGAACAAUUGUUAGUCCAGUUAGUGGAACCACACGUGACGCUAUUGACACUGAGUUUGAAGGACCAGAUGGCCAGAAAUUUCGUUUGAUUGAUACUGCUGGAAUUAGGAAAAGGGCAGCAGUAGCUUCAUCAGGGAGUACAACAGAGGCUUUGUCUGUUAAUCGAGCAUUCCGUGCAAUUCGGCGUUCUGAUGUGGUAGCUCUUGUUAUUGAGGCCUUAGCAUGUAUCACAGAACAGGAUUACAAGAUUGCAGAAAGGAUAGAAAAGGAAGGCAAAGGUUGUCUAAUUGUUGUCAACAAGUGGGACACAAUUCCAAAUAAAAACCAACAAACAACAUUACAUUAUGAGGAAGAUGUUAGAACAAAGCUUCGUAUUCUUAAUUGGGCACCUAUCGUUUAUUCAACUGCAAUAACUGGAAACAGCGUUGACAAAAUCAUUGUUGCUGCAAGUGCGGUUGAAAGCGAGAGAUCAAGAAGGCUUAGCACAGCCACUUUGAAUCAAGUCGUUCAUGAAGCUUUAGCUUUUAAAUCACCUCCAAGGACUAGAGGUGGAAAAAGAGGACGCCUCUAUUAUUGCACUCAGGCAGCUAUUAGGCCACCUACAUUUGUUUUCUUUGUGAAUGAUGCUAAGCUUUUCCCCGAAACAUACCGCCGUUACAUGGAGAAACAAUUAAGAUCCGAUGCUGGAUUUUCCGGUACUCCAAUUCGUCUUUUAUGGCGCAGCCGUAAGAAAUCCGAGAAAGAUUUUGGGCAAGGUCCGGUGUCAAAACCGAAAUCAAACUUCACGCAUAAGAAGUUGGUUGUAGCUACAUGAUCUAUCAAUCUUGAAGAGAAAAAGUGAGGGAGGAUGUUGAUUCUAACUUCAUUCCCACAUCGUCCCUUGUAACAAAAAUCGAUCAUCCUUACUUCUAUAAAAGGAUUAUCAUCUUUCAAAGAACUACUUGGGAUUUCUAUUGGGUAAGGUUUAGGUUUAAACUCUAAACCGAACCGAAAAGAACCCAAAAACCGAGAAACCGAACCCAUCGGUUUUGGGUUGGGUUGGGUUUUAAAUUUCUGAAAACCGAUAAGUCAGGUUUAGGUUCGGUUUUAGGUCAAAACCGACCCAAACCGACCCAUGCUAAGCCCUAGCAUUGUGGGUUGAAGGUUUGUCUAUGGAUAACAAGGUUUAUAUGAUGUGGCAUUCUAGAUUUUAAGUGAUAUGUAUAUACUAUAUAAUAAUUGUAUGUUGUAGAGAUUUGUGUUGUAUAGUACAACACUAUUAAACAAAAAUUGCUAUGUAAAAAAAAAUAGAAUGACUUACAAAAGUAAUAUAUUUUUCGAUUUGUACAUAUUUAGUCAUUGGGUUUUUUUCGUCAACAUUUAUCCUUUUAACUUAUUAAAUUCUACACGUUCAGUCAUUAUGACCGGUUACUCCAGGUAAGUCAGGAAAAAUGACUUGAAAAGACAAUAUAUUUCUCAUUUUGUAUAUAUUUAAUCUUUAUUAUUUUUUUGCAUAUUUGGUCCUUAAUAUUUUUUUAUAGUAAAAUAAGUCAUUUUUGUUUUUGUAUGCAUUCAAUACUUAUAAUUGAAUUAUUUAGGUUUUUCUCACGUCAUCAUACGUAGAUAAUCAUUAAUGUGGUGUUAGUGUUGUUGAUGCUUAUGUCCAUCACGACAUGGCAUGUUUGGUUGUUUAGGUCUUGUGUUUUGAAUGUCAUAACUUCUUUAUAUGAUUUCAAAUUUUAACGAUCAUUAUAUCUACGCAUUCGUAUUUAAGUCAACUACAACUUUCGUUAAAUUACUCCCUUUAAAAAGUAGUAUACUUUUACUUACAAUUUAAUAAAGAAACAUUCAUAAAUUCUAAAAAAACGCAUGCAUAUAAACGUUUUUUUUUAUAAAAAAUAAUAAUUUUUACUUACGAUAUUUAUGUCUAUGCGUUCUUUGUGAAUGUAUGUAUGAAUGUUUCUUUUAUAAAAGUGUAAGUAAAAAAAUAUUACUUUUUAACGGGAAUAAUCUUAACGAAAGUUGUAGUAGACUCAAAUACAAACGCAUGAAUAUAAUGAUCGUUAAAAUCCGAGAUCGUAUGAAGAAAUUACGACGUUUAGAACACAAGACCUAAUAACCCAAGCAAUUGAGACCGCGAUGAACAUAAGCAUCAACGACCCAAACACUUCAUUAAUAAUUGUCUCACGUAGGAUGACGUGAGAAAAACCUAAAGAAAUCAGUCAUAAGUAUUGAAUGUGAAUAAAAACAACGAACUUAUUUUGCAAAAAAAUAUAUAUCAAUGACUGAAUGUUUACAAAGUGCGAAAUAUAUUACCCUUUAAAGUCAUUUUUACCGGCUUACCUACCAAUCAUAAGGAUUGGAUAUUUACAGUUUAACAAGUUGAAGGGGUAAAUGUGGACGAAAAAAAACUUAAUGACCAAUUAUAAUUCAUCUUUCACCAUAUGACGUUCAUUUUUAGUCAGCUGUUUUGAAAAUGCAUGACCCUCUAUAUAUAUAUUGCAAGGUCAUGAUUAUGUUUACCAUUUAUAACCUUCAAGGUCCAAAAAUCACAAGUCUUAUAAUAAUUUCCGACCAAUUCAAGGGGACAAUUUAUUUUUUUGUCCCCAUCUUUCUGCAAAAUGUAUUUUUACCUCUACAUAAAUGAUGACAAACUAAAAUGAUUUUUGAAACAUAGUCACUUGUUUUUGUUUUUUAUCUCUUUGUAAUGACCACAUAUCUUGAAAGUUUACGCCCCAUUGUCAACUUAUUCUUUUAGAUUUUUACAAGUGCUAAACACCUGACAAAUAAAAUACAUAUUUGGUCGGUUUCAAAAUUGUCUCAACCUAUCAAUAUACUAAAACAAUCUAGAAAAAAAAAAAAAAAAACAAA